AUCUCAGCGAUCGCGCACCCACUGUCCAUGGACCAUGGUGAGGCCGACCGAGUGAAGGUUGGAAGCAGAUACACAGCCCAUCGAAGGUCCUUGUAGUCCCUAACAUUUCAGUCCAGAUGGUUGAGCGAGAACCUAUGGUCGCCCUGCCGGGACAGCCACUAGCGGGCCCAUCAACGACCUCCGAGUCGACCUUACCCUCCGCUGGGUCAGGCUCUGGAACGUACCGCCGCGGGCCAUUCGUUCUUUCCAGCUUGGUAGGGCGUGUAUCGUGCGACACAGCAUCAGAAGGUUCGAAAGCCCCUAUCGCUGCGAACUGUAGACUUGGAUUGGGUGGUAGCAUGAAGGGGAAAGGCCCUGCGAACACCGCCAAUAUCGACUCGCCACUGACCAUCUCGAUCAAAGGGUCGACAGCAAGAUUUACAGUGCCGGAGACAGACUCUGUGGUGCUUGCACGGAUCACUCGGGUCAGCCCGCGUGAAGCUCGUUGUGCAAUCCUGGUUGUAAAUGGGGUGCCUUGCGGUCUCAACGUGUCUUCCAUAUCAUCUUCGUCAGGACGCGGAAGCAAAAGCAAAAGCAAUAGCAACCUGCUCUUGAGCAUAUCGGCUUCGGAUGACGGUAAUCCGGACAAUCUCUUCCAAGGAGUCAUACGCUCGCAGGAUGUCCGAGCUACGAACAAGGAUAGCGUACGCAUGAACGAGUCCUUCAGACCCGGUGACAUUGUACGAGCCAUCGUAAUUUCGCUUGGCGAUGCUCGAUCCUACUACCUCUCCACUGCAUCCAAUGAGCUCGGCGUAGUCUAUGCAAUAGCAGCCAGCUCUACGGCCCCGGACUACAUUCUAAUCGAUGACGAUCUACCGUCAUCGUCGCAUUUCGCUUUAGGUGAGGCUGCCAACGCUUCAGCGCCGCGCGCAGGAGCAGCCGAAAGAAAGCCAGUAGAGAUCAUGUCGCGCCCUUCAGCCGUACCUCUGCAGCCACUCAAUUGGGCAGAGAUGCGGGACCCUACGACGGGAGCAAUAGAAAAGCGAAAGGUCGCCAAGCCACUUGUAGUAUGAUUUCAAGUGUCAAAGCGAGAGCUCCUACUCGGAGAGUCGGUGCUUCUCGAACCGUCCGAGAAAUCAGCGGUCCAAAUUCC